UCUUGGGAACUGCGCUCCUCGGCAACAAGGGCGAAAUUAUCUCCCGGGUUUGUAGCCAGCUUCCGGUGCAGUUGGCCGGGGGCGGGGCGCUUCGGCCAUUACGCUCCUGGACGCGCGUGCGCGGCGGAGUAUCAUGGCGCUGUGGGGCCGGUGGCCCCUGUCUGCUCCACGUCUGUGGGCUCUGGGAGUAUUGCAGGUGGAAGAAGGUGCUUAUCUCUUUCUGUGAGUGCUUCAGGCAUUUUUGGAAGCAGAGGCAACAGUGAGAAGAAGUUUUCCCUGCAGGAUGUAGCUGAGCUGAUUCGGACCAGAGUCUGCCAGAGAGUGGUGAUCAUGGUGGGCGCCGGGAUUAGCACACCCAGUGGCAUUCCGGACUUCAGAUCUCCAGGGAGUGGUCUAUACAGCAACCUCCUGCAGUACAACAUCCCGUACCCUGAGGCCAUUUUUGAACUUGAAUUUUUCUUUCACAACCCAAAGCCUUUUUUCACUUUGGCCAAACAACUGUAUCCUGGGAACUAUCGGCCCAAUAUUACUCAUUACUUCUUCCGGCUGCUCCAUGACAAGGGCCUGCUUCUGCGGCUCUACACUCAGAACAUCGAUGGGCUUGAGAGAGUGUCUGGCAUCCCUGUUUCAAAGUUGGUCGAAGCUCAUGGAACCUUUGCCUCAGCCACCUGCACCGUCUGUCGAAGAUCCUUCCCAGAGAAGGACUGGUGGGCUGAUGUGAUGAUGGACAGGGUGCCCUGCUGCCCAGUUUGCGCUGGUAUCGUGAAGCCUGAUAUUGUGUUCUUUGGGGAGCCGCUGCCUGAGAGGUUCUUGUUACAUGUGCUUGAUUUCCCCAUGGCGGAUCUGCUACUCAUCCUUGGGACCUCCCUGGAGGUGGAACCUUUUGCCAGCUUGUCUGAGGCGGUAGGUGCCUCUGUGCCUCGACUACUCAUCAACAGGGACCUAGUAGGAACCUUUGCUUGGCGUCCUCGAAGCAGAGAUGUGGUUCAGCUGGGCGAUGUGGUUCACAGUGUGGAAAGACUGGUGGAACUUCUGGGCUGGACAAAAGAGUUGCAGGACCUUGUUCAGCGGGAAACUAGAAAGGCCUGAGAUGUGCCAGCAACUUAUCUCUUCUCUGUUCCAGCUGGAUGGACAAGACAGAUAGAAGAAUGACUGCCUCAUGUUCAGGAAACAAGUUACACAGGAGAUCUACAUCCCAUUUCUGAAGACAGCCUAGGAAGACUCAGAAAUCUUGGCCAAACCACAACAUGCAGCCUGAGGUAGCAUGGAGGCCUGAGGCUGCAUCAGGAUGUGUGCUGGGAAGGACCUGUUUGUGCUUGGGGCCACCUGGCCAAGGUUGCCUGGCAGCUGUCAUGUUUGUGUGCUCAGCUCUUUACUCUGCUGACACUCAUUGUAAAAUAUUUUGUUGUGAAGAUGACCUUUUAGGACAACUGGAAUCCUGGGCUGUCUGUAGGUCAGCGUGGCAUAUCUGCUGAGAUGCUCAGCUUGGGCUCAGGUGAUAUACUAGGGUCUUCUAGCAUGUUAUUCUCUGCAGUUGGAUUGUUUUUAGAGUCUUAUCCUUUAUUCUCACAUGAAAUAAUUUUACUGUCAACAGUAGGUAGGUGCAUAAUUGUUUUUGUCUCCUCAAAUUGAUAACAAGUGUUGAUAAGGCCUAUGCAAAGUGGAACGAACCUUCAGGGUAUGAGUUUCCCCUUCUAGCACAGUCAGGACUGAGUACGUCUACCCUUGAAUUCAUGCUUAAAUUGGCCUCGUAUGAGAGCGCUCAUCUCCUCUCUGCUGGCUGUCCAUUUGAUUUUACCCUGAGAUGUUCAUGCCUGACUCCUCCAGAUUUCUUUUUAAUUUUGAGACAGGGUCUCACUGGAUAGUUCAGGCUGGCCUUGAACUCAUUAGCUCAGGCGAGCUUCAAACUUGCAGUGGUCCUCCUGCCUCAACCUCCCAAGUGGUGGGAUUACAGGCAUGCACCACCAUGCCUGGUAUUCCUCCACAUAGUCUGUCUGGCACUUCCCUCCUCACCCAGUACCUCUUGCUAUAAUGGUACCAAAGUCAGUUCUAUCCAUAUGGAGGGCAUCACUUCCUGGGAAACCUUGCUGGCCCUGGCAGAACUCACAGCUGUGUGCAUGUCCUCCUCCUUGGCAUUGUGUUGAAGCACCUGUCUGUAAGCAGUCCUGCAGUAGGCCAGAGCUAAGAAAGACAGACUUAACUAAUAGAUGCAACAGAAGGGAGUCUCGUGACCUUGUUCCUUGCUGAUGACAAAA